AUGGGUUCAGAGUCACUAGGCCACAGUCUCUCCGAGAUUAUGAGCAACUACAACAACUCGUCGCUCUCCUCGCGGAGCAAUACGGAAAGCAAAUCAGAAUCCAUGAAGAGUGUCCCAAUGGCUUCGCAUUCAUCACCGACCCUUUUCUCGCAGACUCUGGCUGUACUCCAGCGUGAUAUCUUGGAGCGACGGCGAGCGUGGUGCAGCUCCCUUCUCGAAUUGCUGGUACCACUCAUCUGUAUUGGGUGCAGCGUCAUUCUUUCAUUUAUAUUUGGUGAGGCCAGCGAGAGUGAGCGCAUCUUUGUUGAUUACACGUCGCCUGCGCCCAACUCGGGGGCAUUUGACUACAGGGUCAAGUUCUGCUAUGACGACACGAUACUCGGUCUGGAUGGGGAGCCAAAUGUGAUACCGGGAAUUUCGAGUUGUAGUGCUCUGAACAGGUCGGUCGACUGUACGGGUGAUGAGAGCACCAUCCCAGUAAGGGGGCUUUGCACCAUCCCUCCGUUUGUACCGUUUGUGGAGUUUGUAGAGUCUUCACUCGGGUCCCUUAACGUCAUUCCGGAUCUUGACAACAUUCUUCUGUGCCACUGGAAUGCUGCCAAGCAAGCGCGGGGCGGAUCUUCGGACAACGGCAUGCUCAACAACGCUGGUGUAUCGUUCACCACUCACUACACUGCUGUAUCUACUGUUGGUUCUGUGUAUAUUGGCCCAUCUGAUAAGGUGCCCAGCGCACUCUUGAGCUACUUUAAUUCGGUAUCAACACUCUUUCGGUAUGUAUAUGCUGGGACGUACACUACCACAGAUGAUCUAAAGGACGCUGUGGCCAAGGGUGAAGUCUUUGCCAUUAUUAAUAUCAACAGCAUGACGAAUGCAAAGUUUGACGUGGAUAUACAGAUGCAUCAAGAUGCGUUUCCGUUGUUUAACGGAAUUGUCACGGUCAAUUAUCCCGGGGGGCUUCAGAGUGAAACGUCGGAGAUGUACCUUGUCUCGGGGUUCCUGACACUUCAGAGGAUCCUGUACGACUACUACCUGGAAUCCGUCGUCUCGGCUUCCGCUGUGAGGAGAUACUUUGUACCGUAUGUCAUGUCGAUGGGGUAUGGACCGUACCGGGUGUCAAAAAUGCUGGAGGCAUCGGGCAGGUUGGUAGCGUUUAUCAUUGUUCUCGGCUUUUUGUAUCCUGUGGUGCAGAUGGCGCGACGGCGUGUGCUAGAGAAGGAAUUGCGCAUCCGUGAGGCAGUACAGAUCAUGGGACUGAAGAAUAUUUCCAUGAACAUCUCGUGGUUCAUUAUUUGCAUCAUGUUCAUGUUCGUCAGCUCCAUCCUCUGUGCGGCACUUCUGCAGUUUUACCUGGCUCGGACGGAAUAUAUAGUUGUCUUCUUCGUCAUAUUCAUGUUCGCGCUGACAACGAUUCCGUUCGCAGGUCUAAUCGCCGCAUUCUUCAGCAAGUCCCGGUUUGCAUCCAUGAUGGCGCCGCUCAUCUAUUCUGCCGCAGCUGCUCCGAUUUCCGCCACGUGGGCAGUAUCUGCUUCGGCAAAUACAGUAUUCUGCCUUCUUCCGCCGACUGCCUUUUCCGUGGCGCUGGGGAUCUUGUUUAAUCACGAGGUUGGUGGCGGCUUUGGUCCAAGAGACUUCAACAAUCCACUUGAUGGUCCAAAUAUGACGUCAGUUCUUCUCAUGCUGACUGCAGAUUUUUUUCUGUACCUGUUGCUGAUGUUGUAUAUGGAAGCGGUGCUGCCACGUGAAUGGGGCACACCCGAGCAUCCGCUAUUCUUUAUCAUCAAACCGUGGAGGCACUUCUCUGGGCAGAAGAGUGAUAUUGAGGGAGGGCCCGAUGGGCGUGCCAUGAGUGGUGUCUUUGAGGGUGACUACCGCGACGAUGAAGAGAGGGUGUCUGCGGUGAAAUUGUUGGGACUGCGGCAGGAGUUCAAGCGUAACGGUCACCCUUUUGUGGCGGUUAACAAUCUCUACUGGGAACUCCCGGAAAACAGCAUCUCCGUGCUGCUUGGCCACAAUGGUGCGGGCAAGACGACGACGGUAAAUAUGAUCACGGGGUUGACAAAACCGGACGCUGGUGACUGUCUCGUGUAUGGCCUUUCCGUGCGUGAGGAAUUGGAGCGGGUACGGCAGGAGAUCGCCCUUUGCCCACAGCACAACAUAUUGUGGCCGACUCUUACAUGCCGCGAGCACCUGGAAUUCUUUGCACGCAUCAAAGGCCUCAAGGGUGCCGAGCUCGAAGACGCAGUGCAGUGCAUGCUACGUGAAGUGGGGCUGUACGACAAGCGGGACACCCAGUCAGCGGCGCUUAGUGGUGGGCAGAAGCGUAAGCUCAGUGUGGCGGUGGCGUUCGUGGGUGGGAGUCGGUUUGUGUUGUUGGACGAACCCACAGCCGGUAUGGAUGUGGCGGCGCGGCGCCAGACGUGGCAGUUGUUGCAGCGUAUGUCUGAGAGGCACACAAUCCUUCUCACCACACACUUCAUGGACGAGGCUGACAUUCUCGGCGAUCAAGUCGCCAUGAUGAAUCGAGGUUCGCUGCAGUGCUGCGGGAGCAGUCUGUUCCUAAAGUCCCGGUUGGGUACGGGUUACAAAAUCACUAUGUCGCUUCGUACUGACGCAAAUCGAAAAGAAAUUGAGGGUAUUAUUGUGCGCUUUGCUUCAGACGCGAAAUAUGCAUCCUCUAACCCUGUUGAGCUAACGUAUCACCUGCCGGUGUGCCAAGCGUAUGACUUUGUGCCGCUGCUCACCUGUCUUGAGAUGGUGUCAGGGGAGGUAGGCAUCCGCUUCUUCACGUUGUCGGCUUCAACGCUGGAGGAUGUUUUCCUCCGUAUUGUGGCAGAGAACGAGGGUGAGGCUCAGAUGCACGACGCUGAAAACAAGGAACUCUUGUGGCAGUGCGGUCGUGUGGAGUGGAAAUGGGGACUGGUUUCGAUGCAGUCCUUCGCCAUGAUGAAGAAGCGGCUCUCCUGCGCGCGGCGUGACUGGCAGAUGCUCAGCUUUCAAAUUGCCUGCCCGGUGUUGUGCGUUUUACUGGCGGUGCUUUUGGAUCUCAUGCGGGAAGUGCCGCCGUCAUCGAUGGAGUUGAGUCCUGCGGUGUAUCCCUUCGACACUAUGAGCGAUACAACGGGAUGUGCGCCAUUCUUCGACACGAUGAACUUUACUCCUGCGAACAGUACUACUCGGGUGCACAUGAGGGACCUUAACAUGGUGGACUCUAUGGAUAUGUCUUACUACCACGUCGACAACCAACUAGCUAACGCGUUUCCACACUAUACAUCGUUUAGCUGCAAUGACCCGGAAUAUGAAUCUAUGCUUGGUACUAAACCCAUUGUGAUGUUCUACAAUACCUCUGCCCCUCACGAAUCUGCAAUCGCGUUGAGUACAUUAUAUUCAAUGAUCGUGCAGACUGCGAAGGGUCGCGUGGCCGCGUCUAUGCGUACAACAGCAAAAUGGUUGUCAAGCACCCAAGUCCAUGAGCCCAUGGAUGAUAUCAGGACGAUUCUAAAGGGUGUCAUCAUUAUGAUUCCGUUCAGCAUUUUGCCUUCCAACUGCGUCGCGUGGGUGGUGAAGGAGCGUGAAUGCGGUGCGCGGCGCUUGCAGAAUAUUGCCGGCCUGCGUUUUCGUGUCUACUGGAUCAUGAACUUCUUAUUUGAUAUGGCUGCAUAUAUUGUAACGAUGUUGUUGGUAAUAGUCAUAUUGGCCAUAUUCAAUCAAAAGGAGUACGCUAGCUCUAACACAGUCGGUCCCACAUUUGUGCUGCUGUUCAUAUUUGGUUUAACUGGGACGGUAAUGGCUUACGCGCUGAGCUUCGGCUUCAAAACCCACACAGCUGCGCAGACCCUGGUGAUGAUCGUUGGGUUCUGCUUUGGGUUUCUGCUGGUGAACACCGUGUUUCUCCUCACUCUCAUGGACAGCACACGCGGUGUGUCCAACAAGCUUCGCUGGGUGUUCCGCUUCUUCCCAACCUACGCCGUGGGGGAAGGAAUCAUCAACCUCGCCACACUCCCGCUGGAGCAAUACACAGACCCCGGCCGCACAGCAUGGUCGAUGAAGGUUGUGGGUUGGCCGUGCGUAUUCAUGGCGAUCGAAUUUCCGUUCUUCGUAUUGUUUACCCUCUUGAUGGAUCACCCAGUGCUGCGUAUGCUGCUGCGGAGGCGUGGCUACAGUCCGCUUUCUUACAGCACAACUGUGCUUCAGGAGGACAGCGAUGUGGAAGAGGAGCGUGACUGCAUCUACACUCGGUUUGAAGGAGGUAGUGAGACGGAUGCCGUGACGCUGUUAGACAUGCGCAAGGUAUAUAGCAACGGGAAGGUGGCGGUGCAACGAUUGGCCUUCGGGGUUGUGAAGGGAGAAGUUUUUGGCUUCCUCGGUACCAACGGCGCUGGUAAGACCACCACCAUGUCAGUUCUGUGCCAAGACACUCUUCCAACUAGCGGCCGCGCUUUCAUCUGCGGAUACGACGUUGUAGAGCAGAGCGAAGAGGCCCGGGCAUGUAUCGGUUACUGCCCGCAAUUUGAUGCCUGUCUUGACCUCUUGACAGUGGAGGAGCACCUGCAGCUGUAUGCGAGCGUGCAUGGUAUUGUGGCAGAAGAGCAUGACGCCGUUGUAGAGACGCUGCUGAAUCUGUGCGGCGUCAGUGAGUACCGCACAACCUUGUCGUCUGAACUUAGCGGCGGCAACCGCCGCAAGUUGAGCCUUGCGGUGGCGCUGUUGGGCGGGCCGCGUGUGCUGCUGCUAGACGAGCCCACCGCCGGCAUGGAUCCGGUUGCGCGCCGCAGUGCGUGGAUGUCGAUUGCGCGCGUUUCGAAGUUCUGCUCCGUUCUGUUAACGACGCACCACCUGGAGGAGGUGGAACACCUUGCAAGCUGCGUUGCCAUCAUGGUAGACGGCGCGCUGCACUGUAUUGGCGACAAGUCGCACCUGAAGGACAAGUACGGCAGCGGAUACGAGCUGAGCCUUCGCAUCUCCAACAACUCGUGCUACAAUGGAGUGCGGGUGCUAAUGGAGGAGCAGUUCCCGGAGGCGGUGCUGAACGAGUACCGCAGUCUGCGGUUUGUGUACGCGCUUCCGAAGGAGACUCUUCUCUCGUCGGUGUUCGCGGUGCUGCAGGGGCAUGGGUCGGCGGCUGGCAUCACCGACUACAGCGUCACGGAGACGUCUAUUGAGCAGGUGUUCAUGCGCAUUAGCGAGGAGGCUGGGUUGGACUAG